CUCCAACUUCAGUGGGCCGCCGCUGACUGCAACCCUGAACAUGUUGUCGCGGGGCGCAAGGAUCGGGACACUCGUCCUUCGCCGCACGGCUUUGUUGACUUUGUGCGGCGGGUUUCCAACCAAAGAAAGAAUCCGCCGCCUUAUCAUAUUUAAGGCCGACCAUCUCACCCUGUCUUCCGUCCCAACUCUUCUUUCGUCGUCGUCGAUUUCUGCCAAGCUAAACUGCCAGCCAAGACCACGUCAAGGCUCGAACCAUUGCCGUCGUUGAACAUUGGCCACUUGCUAACACUUUGUCACAACCCGGAUCCCCUCUUUUUUGGUUUUAAAUUAUUUUAUUUUUUUAUUUUUUUUAUUCCUUUCCCCGGGAAAAGAACUGCUGCUUCAAUCCGCAAAAAUGGCUGCCGCUGUCUAUGCCGAUCAUCCCUUCUCCCUCAUCCCAACCCCGACCUACAAGCUGAAGCAGGAGAAUCCGGACUACAAGCCCGAUCUCUUUGACGACACGGCGUCCGAGAUGGCCCUCGUGCACAACAUGAUGAUCCGCGGUCUCAACGCCAUCUACCUGCAGGCGCAGCACAUCAAGCAAUCAGAGCAGAAGGACUUCUGCAAGUUCAUUAUCAACUGGCACCUGCUGCUGCACCUGCAUCACGGCAACGAGGAGGACCAGAUCUUCCCCAUCAUUGAGAAGAUGGCUGGCGUGACGGGCAUAAUGGAAGUCAAUGUCGAGCAGCACCACGCCUUCCACGACCCGCUCGACAAGUUCAUCGCCUACACUAAUGACGUGAUCGCCGGCAAGCAAAAGUACGACGGCGCCGUCGUCGUCGCCUCGAUUGACGAGUUUGGCCCCCUCCUAGUGACCCAUCUCGCCGACGAAAUCCCCACCCUCCUGGCCUUGAGGCAAUACGGCCUGGAGAAGAUGAAGGGCAUGCCCGCGCUUCUUAGCCAGGCCGCCGAGCACGCAAUGAAGGGACUCGGCCUGUCGGGGCUCGUGUGUUGUUUCGCCAACCUCGACUCGCAUUUCGAGGACGACAUGUGGUUGAACUUUCCGCCGGUGCCGGCACCCGUGCGCUUCCUCGGCCGCACUCUCUUCUGGUUCCUCCAUCGCGGCAUGGCCAAGUUUGGCUCUUCGGACCGGCACAGCGCAAUCAGGGCCCUGUACGCGGCAGGCGACGUCCAGCCCAAGGUUGAGGUCCAGACAGACGACACGAAGCCAGAUGCUGCCGCCAAGCCCGAGAACUAGCAAUAAGUCGACCUAAAUAGGGAUGCGGCGGCGGGGCGGUCAGCUGCUUUGAUGCCGCGGCCACUGUCCAUCUAUCUUGUACCUUAUUUAUCUUUCUUUUCUCUUGUGCGUACUUUGGAUACCCUGCUUUUGGAUCGGACUGGAGUUUCAAGAGGACAGACAGGACGGCAGGAGCACGCCGUUAAUGGUUCGACGGGCCGCAUAAUAUCAGGGACGUGUGAGAUCUUCCUACGACCUUGUCGAGGUAUUAUAUAAGCUAAAAAAAUUACAACACCUUUACGUAA